GGCAGGAAACAAGAGCUCAGCCCAGGAACCUCAGCCUUUGUCAAAAGAAAGAAGAAACUGAGGGCUGAAGGUCUUUUUCGGAAGCUCCGACUGAGUCCAAUCCAAGACACAUUCUUUCCAUCUCAGCUUUUGCUCAGCUAUGGCAGCUUCUUCUUUCUGGAUUUGCAGGGACUUUGGGGCCACCCUGGGGCUCUUGCUUGUAGUCACAGGUAUGACAAUCACCAAAGCUUCUAGUGAAAGAAAUAACAUUUCUCAAAAACAAGAUACAACCACUUUCAUGAAUGUGAUAAAUACACGUUUCAUUGCUGCAAGAGGCGGGGCUCGAAUUUCCCUUAGCUGUUCUUUUGGCUCUCUGGCAAGUUGGUAUAAAAAGACUGAGCAGGACAAAUACCAGGAGAUUAUGAACAGUUCCAGAGUCCAUGUGACUACAAAUACUUCAAUGGUAAUGAUGCAGAUCAACAAACUCCAGCACACCGACAAUGGUAUCUACUAUUGUAUGAUCAAGGACUCAUUGAAGCCCUCCUGUGGUACAGAACUCAAAGUCAUGGGUAUCAGUACCUAUGAGCAAGUGCAGAGUCGGCACAAUGUGAAAGAUGCUAUCAUCGUAAUCCAGACAAUUCUUCUUGUCCUUUUUGUGAGCAUGCCUGUCUUCCUAACCCAAGGGAAGAGUGACAGAAAAGAUGCCUCUGGGGAAGAACAUACUUACGAGGGGCUGACGGUUGAACUAGCUGAUACGUAUGAAGACAUUGGUGCUUACCAAGACAGACCAGAGAAGUGGGAUUUGGGGGAACAUCCAUGUGAAGAAUGAAAAGGCUAGCAGCUUGGUCGGCCACAGUUGACUUAACCAAAGGAGCACCAAUUCCUGGGGCAACCAGGUUCCACUAUAAAAAUUCCACUCUAGAGAAGCUUUAAAAAUAUGCUUAUUUCUUGCUUGCGGCUGAUCUGCUAGAAACUACUAAAAAGCAGUAUUCACACUCUCCAGAUUCCCUGGGACAGUUGAGUCAAGGACAUACAAAUGGGGAGAAGGGAGAAGACAGGCAAUUUGAGGCACAUCAUAAAAAUGAAAGCAGAAAGAGCUGAGAAGAGAAAUGAAUGUGUGAGUAGAUGGGCUUUCUGGCUUGAGUUUGCUCUAUAUUUCCUUCCCCAAAUGACACCUUCUUAAUUGGUUUCCCACUCUCACUCAUAACUUGCUAGGCAGCAAAAGAUUGAAUCUGAUAUAACAUCACAUUACUUCAAUUUCUUUAACCCAGGAGACUCCAGAUUGUCUGGGAGCAGGACUACUGCUUCCAAAAUUCCUUACCAAGAUGGCUGUGGUGAAAAUAUCUGGAAUAUAUUAGCUAUAAAACAUAAUGUUUCCUACUGAGAUUUAUAGUUUUGCAGUUAAGAUUUUUCUUCCUUAGGCUCACGUUAAAAAAAUAUUUCUAGCAUCCUUAUGAAAGAAUUUCAAAUAUAUUUGUUAAACUUUUCAAAAUAAUAAAAAGUUUAAUAUUUUUUAAAAUUUUGACAGCAUAUUACUUCUUUGUUUCGGGAACAUGAAAAAAAUGUAUGCAAGCAUUGUGUGUUUUCUAAUGUCUACAUUACAGAAAUCUGAAAAUGUAACAUUUUUAGCUUAAUAUGCAUAACCAACCUUAGGAAUAAACUUUUCCAUCUGAACAACAGAAUUACUUGUAAAUAAUUGUCUCUUUGGUCUAUAACAGCUCCAGGUGCCCUCCAGCUAGGCUGAUUUUAAACGAUCAGCAUGGCCAAUUGCCAAAGCUGGGUGAAGAUCACAAGAGUUUAUUUCAAACACAUCUGGAAAGCACCAGAUUGGAAGAAUGAUGUAUAGUAAGAACUGCAGAGAUUUUUAUUCUUGGGUGAACACAUCUGUCAAUGGGAAGACCUUCAGAGGUUGCAUUUUGAAAACAAAAAUAUUUUUAAAAAAACACUUUUUGAAGUAGAGACCUAGUCAUUUUUGGCAAGUAUAGAUGCUUUGCUAAAAAUCAACCUGGUCAGAGAUAUUUUGCUCCCAAAAUGGAACAACUGUGUUUGCAUAUAUAUCUAUUUUCAAUAUAAAAAUAGUGAAAGACUUGUUAUGAUGUCACAACACAAGCUCCACCUUUUGUAUUAAUGUUGCACAGAGCUUGUGUUGCAAUGGUUUGCAAAUUUAACCUUUCCUCUGAAACACCUACAUGUCUCUUGUUCCCUCAUACAGAUCAAAUGUUUCCAGUGAACGAAAAUGCUGCAAGGCAUUUUUCCAUUGCUUGACCAGAAAAAGUCCAUUAGAAAACAAUAACUAAACCUGUAUUAUCCUUUCAUACUUGUUAAGGUUACCCUGCCACUAAACACUUUUCACAUCAAGAAAGUGGCAAUUCGAAGCCACAUUCCACAUAUAAAACACAUUCCACAUAUAAAACAGUUAUUAUCGAGACACUGCCCCAAAUGUCCUUUUAAGGUUGACUCAGCGUUCCAUCCUUCCGGGGUAGGUAAAAUGAGGACCCAGAUUGUUGGGAGCAAUGUAAAUAUAUAUAUACAUUGCUUACUGGUGUACACCGCUUAGAGAGUGUUUGCACUUAAAGCGGUAUAUAAGUCUCAUAAAUAAAAUAAGAAAAUAAAUAAAUAAAUAAACAAACUGUUACAGGAUGCUCAAUUUCAUACUGUUUGGGUAUGUUUUUCUGCAAAUUACUGACUGGAACCAUUUGCUUCCUGUUUUUUCACAAAGCAUAGCUAAAUACCUUCUCAGAGAAGGAAAAUGGAUGUGAGAAGUGGGGGAGUAGGGUAAGCAGCCUCAUGCAUAGACAAAACCAGAGAGUAAAAAUGUUAAUUUUCAUAAUUCAGUUUCAGUUCUGCCUACUGUGCCUUUUCUACUCUGCUUCUACCUUUGUGUAUCUUUCGAUUUAUAAUGAAUCUCAAAGCUGGGAUUCAAAUUCAGCUACAUUUAAAAGUUAAUGUCACUGUCCCAAUGUCCCAGUAUCUAUAAGAACUUAAGUUGUCCUGAGCCAGCUAGAGCCAGAGCUAUCUAUGACCAACAGUUACAAUAGUCACUGCAAAGGCAGUAUCCUGGGGAUCUCAGAUAGGAAAAUGCUAUUCCCCCACCUUAGUUUUACAAUCCCCUGCAAUCCUCAGUUAACUACAGAAGGGACAAGAGACUGGCCAAUUGUCAUAGCUUUAUGGAGUAAUAGGAAGACUCAGUGUUAUCUCUUCCACUAUGACCCAGGUAAGCAACAAGCAGUAGUUCCUCAGCAACUAUAUUGUGGCCCUGGAGCUUCUUCUGACCACUGCUUUUUAAAACACAUGGAAAUUGAAUUCUGCAACAACAAAUAGGAAAAAGAUACGGAUGGAAGGAAGACCCUCCAAAUCAUCCAAAUCUCAUUGCAAUCUUCAAGCACCCCCCUCCCCCAAUGUGGUUGAUCCAUGGAUAAUAAAAGGUUGUACAAUGAUUUCAUUCAGUCAGGUGUCAGGCUCUACCACAACAGCACUUUCUGAAGGUACAUUUUUAGAAGCUCCAGCUGAAAGGAACUUAAAUGUUCAGCACUGUCCUUUGGUCACUACUUGGGAUAAGACCCUUGCAUGGUUGCUCCCGCACCCCCACUCCAGGCUUUUACACCAAGGUUGGCUCUAACUGCCACAAGAUGUUCUGCUCUCCAAACCUUUAAACUCAUGGCUCAUUAUGAGUAUGAGAAGAUGGGUCAUUUUUUUAACCGUAAGUAUGCAGUGUGUCUCCUUCCUCUGGCAGCUUUGUCCAGAAAAUCCCUUCUGAGUUAUAAGCAAGCGGCCAUAGCCAAAGGUCCAGAAUGCAGCCACCAGUAUAAAGGAGACAUGUACUAGACUCAUUCAGAGGUAGACUUAGGUUAUGUCCCACAUGAUGAGGCUCUAUCAAGCCUCUAAAAUAAGGGAUAUAAUUGCACCCUGCUUAACUUGAUCUUUAAUUUAGUUAUUAAAACAAUUGUGUUUCAUUCUUCAUUAUUACCUAAUAUUUUGGGGUAAGAAUAACAAAUUGUUUAAGAAUUAUACAAAAAAUGAAUAAGAUAUUGGCUUAAUCAUACCUAAAGCAGACUUAUAAAAUCAGUGAGAUUUAAAAUAGUAAUUAUGAUUGUCUGAUUAAUCGAACUGGUCAAUUUGCUAGAUUCUACAAUAAAUUUGCUCAGAUUCCUGAUGGGUGGAAUCCAUGACGGCAAUUGAAGCAGCAUCUUGCCAUAUUGACUGGGAUUCCUUUUGAUCUAUGAAAAAGGUGCUUUCUAACAUGAAACUUUCCUAUGACCCUUUUGGUUCCUGCAAGGGGGCACAUAAGGGCGUGAUGAACUAGAUCUAUGAAGUUAUUACUGCCUGACUUCAGGAGAGGUUAUGCAAACAGUCUUGAAGAAGGCUGCUGUGCGCUUCUCCUUAACAGCCAUUCUCAGAAUCUGGCUGUGUUUAAUAACUAUAAUGGAUUAAAUAUAUUGCUUUCUAUUUAGUUUCAGGUUCAGGCAUGGAACUAAGUGGCAAAGCUCACUCUAGUUCAAUGUUUCUUAAACUUUUGUUUCAGAACCUGUUCCAACUUUUAAAUAUUAUGGAGGCCUUUUGCUUGCAUGGAUUAUAUUUAACUGUAUUAACUAUAUUAAAAAUAUUUGUAGGUGGAUUGUUAGCUUUUUGACAGGGAGGAAUCAACAGGUGAAGCUAAAGAAAAUAAUCUCUAGUAUCUGGGAAUUAGCACAGGGGCCUUCAGGACUGUCUGCUCUCUCCAUUGCUUUUCUCUAUAUAUACAAAGGACUGCAUCUCAAGGGAACCCUCUGUUAAAGUACUAAUAACCAAAUCUGGCCCUAAAGUUCUGCCUCAGUUUACUUUCCCAAUAAGCAACUGAGUCAGAAGAUCAUUUAAAAGCAGUUUAUUAGGGUACCCUAAUAAACUGGGAUCCCCCUAUGAAAAGGGAAAGUCCCAAGACCCAUCUUACAUUCCUUUUUAUAGUUAACACAACAAAGAAAAUGCAAGAGGAAAGUUGAUCAGACAGGAUAAAAGUUACCUCCCCUUUGCAUAGGAAAUCAGUUAUAUGUAAUCAAACAUGUUACAUAUUUGCAUCUCGUAAUAUCACAUGUUCAUUAAAAUGAAGUCUGAUGUCAGAAGGGGUGUAAAUUGUAAGAAAAAUGGUUGUUUGGAGUUCACCGUGAGACAAACCAGACCCAUCUUAUCAGGAGAUAAUCUCCAGCAAAUUUAAUCUUUUUAGUUUAGGAAUGUUAAAAGCUAUCAAUCAAUCCAUAUAGCAAUAGGAUAAAAAGUUUUCCAACAUAGAAGUCUGUAGUAAGCCUGAUUAUCAUUUUAAAAGAGAGAAAAUAACUCAAAUUAAAAUACAAAAUAACUGUUAGUUAACAAGUUAAAAAAAUCCAUAUCAUGUGUCCCUCAUAAUCCUUCCUUUAAUACUAAAGGGCAAAGAAAAUAUGCCCUUUCAGCAUCACCAAAAAGAAAAUUACAAUAAACAAAAGCUUAAGGUGUUUGGAGCAAAAGUAUCAGGGACCAAAUACAUAGAAGUUUUAAUUUAGAACAGAAAGAAUAGAAACCUUGUGGAAAACAUUUCACAAAAGUUGCGGUGUAUAGGGCAGGCACUCUGAGUAAGAAGAAACAAAUCAAAAUCUCUAAUAUAAUAAUCAAAACACUAAAAAUGAUGCCAACUAUGUCAAGAUAGAUAACCAGGAAGGAGUAAAUUUUGUUUUUAAAAAAUGAAGGAAAAAGAGGCAGCAACACAUACUACAGUAUAAAAGAUAGUCAAAGCUAAAAUCUAUUUUAAAAAAAUCCCAAAAA